UUCUUGUAUCUUUUUCUUAUCAUCUUCAAUCUUCUUGACUUAUACAAUCUAACAGGAAAGUUAACUAACUUACAUUUAUAUCAACUUAAAUUUAUAUCACAUAACACAAACAAAUAAGAAAUGAAGUACACAUCUAUCUUAGCUAUUGCUGCUACUUUAAUCAACACAUCUGUUGCGUAUUAUGUUCCAGGUCAACCAUACUCAACUUUGACGCCAACUGCUACUUAUUCUGGUGCUUCAACUGAUUACACUCAAAGUUUCGGUAUCCAAAUUUUAACUUUAACAUCUGCUUCAGCCACUGCUGCUGCCAAAAGAGAUGUUAACCAAAUAGAUGAUGGUCAAAUCCAAGCUCAAACUACUUCAUCUGCCCAAGUCAUCAAUCAAAUUGGUGAUGGUCAAAUCCAACAUCAAACCACCGCCUCCGCUGCUCAAGUUAUUAAUCAAAUAGGAGAUGGUCAAAUCCAACAUCAAACUACUGCUUCUGCUGCUCAAGUUAUUAACCAAAUCGGUGACGGUCAAAUCCAACAUCAAACCACCACCACUGCCUCUGUUGUCAAUCAAAUUGGUGAUGGUCAAAUUCAACACCAAACCACAUUAACUACUUCUACUAUUACUGGUGCUUCUCAAAUUACUGAUGGUCAAGUUCAAGCUCCAACUGCUUCUUCUGAAGCUAUCACUGAUGGUUUACCAGAAGCCUGUCUUACUCCAAACUCUUUAGCUAUGACCUUAAAUGGAUCUAUCUUAACUGAUUCUCAUGGUAGAGUUGGUUCUAUUGUUGCUAACAGACAAUUCCAAUUCGAUGGUCCACCACCACAAGCCGGUGCUAUUUACGCUGCUGGUUGGUCUGUUACUUCUGAUGGUUUCUUAGCUUUAGGUGAUUCAGAUGUCUUUUACCAAUGUUUAUCAGGUGAUUUCUACAACUUAUAUGAUGAAAAUGUUGCUGCUCAAUGUGAACCAGUUAAAUUAAGCGUCAUUGAUUUAGUUGCUUGUUAAAUAUAAACAUCAUCAUUAUCAUCAUCAUCAUCAAAAGUACACUAGAUAAGGGAUAUAUUAUCUCCUUAGUUUCCAUUUCUUCUUCCACGAUACUUUUCUUUCGUUUCGUUACAUUAUAGUUCACUAAAAUUUUUUUACUAUAUAGGCUUGGGUUUCACAACAAUAAAAUAUUUAAAUU